AGGGAGCUAUUUGCAGCAUCAGUCCAUCCCAGUAUCACCUACCUUCGCAUAUUAGUGUUUUAUCUCUAAGUAAAUAACCUGACAGUUCUUGGGAUGUGCGCUUCUCAGCUCAUCUCGACAUUUUAAAGACUAUCCACAACAAGGGAAGAAGGAAGUGUUGGGCCCACAUGGGCAGCGUUUUGGCAUUGUCUUCUGGUCCAGGCCAUCAGAACUGGCCUUUUUCCCCGGACCCCCCUCCCUCUCACUGGAACGCACAUCCUGCUCACUGGGACAGUCCCCCGCGCUGGGAGAGGAGAGAUGGCCGCCUGCCCAACCCAGGCAGCUUCCACUCUCUCCACCGGGGUUGCAAAGAUGUGUUUCCCCAACAGAUUGAGGGAGUCAAGAUGAUCCUCAAUAAAACUCUGAGCAGCUUCUUUAAGGUCAGUCAUGCUCUCCACCUUAGUGCUGUUAGUCCUUCAUACUACCGAUUCCACGUGGAGCACCUGCAGUCUGACGACUACAGCAAGGACAAGGAUGCCCCAGCACUGAUCGGUGAGAUGGACUCUUCGGGAAGUCUGAACGCUCACGCUCUGCUGCAUCUCACCGAGCGUGUGCGAGCCAGAUCAGUGUUCCAGACCCAGCAGUCCCAGUUUGUGACGUGGCAGUUUGAAACUGAGUACAGAGGGAACGACUUCACAGCGGCUGUGACUGUAGCUAACCCAGACAUCCUCCGAGAGUCAGUUAUCCUUGUGGCACACUUCCUUCAGAGUGUGUCUUCUGGGCUGGUGUUAGGAGGGGAGCUGGUCUAUCAUCGGGGCCGUGCGGAGGAGGGAGGAAUUCUUACUUUGGCUGGACAAUACUCAAGACCAAACUGGGUGGCGACACUGAAUGCUGGGAAAGGAGGAGCUCAUGCUAGCUACUAUCAUAGAGCCAACAAACAGAUCCAAGUUGGGGUUGAGUUUGAGGCCAGCACCAGGACGCAGGAGACCACAACCUCAUUCGGGUACCAGAUGGAACUCCCAGAGGCUAACAUGGUCUUUCGAGGUAUGAUAAACAGUCGUUGCAUAAUAGGAGGCGUGCUGGAGAAGCGCCUCACCCCACUUCCUGCCACCCUGAUCAUGGGUGCUUUUGUAAAUCACAGAGGUGACAAACUUCAGGUGGGUUUAGGUGUCAAUGUGGGAUAAUCCCUCUCUUAAUCCCAGCUGGAAUUACAGCCUGCCAUCAGGACAUCCAUCCACAGCUCUGUUCCAGAGGUUUCGUAAUGACCUGAUAUACCAAGGUUUAUCAGUCACUAAAACACUUCCUGCCGUGACCUGAGGAUCGUGGACUGUUUGGGUGUUGAAGCCCAAAACGUCUCCUUACACCGAUGCAUGUCAUCUUGCAACCUACCUCUCAGAAGUGAGGCAAUGUUUUCUGCUGGGAUGACAAGAGGUUUGAUUUGGACAUGGAUACAUAAAGUGAGGAGCUCAAAGACUUUUGUUUUCUGUCCAUUCUGGUUUCAAAGGGACAGAAACCUCCUGACCUUCUGGUCAGUGGAAAUAUAGAGGAUAAAAGGAAGACUGCACUUCAAACUGGAAAUAAAUAAGUUUUAUACUCUAGGUAGUCAUACAGAAAUGUAAUGUAUAUAGAAUAUACCAACAGAUAGUCUUGUUUUUCAUGUUUGACCCCAUUUAUUAUAACUCUUGUAAGCCUGAACUUACCUUUCUGCUGACCAUUGUCUGUAAAACUGAUGCAUCAUCUUUGCUAUCCAAAUGAACAAAUUCACUUUUUCCCCUCAAUAGAUGCGCUUACUUCUUUAUGUUAUUUAUUACAUUUCCCUCAGCAUUACCGUGUGAUACUAACAGGGUAAAAAAAUGUUAAACGCUCACUCAUCUCAAGCCAGAUUUGUACAUGAACAAAACGGUUAGCAGAAAUGUAAGCUGGAUAAAAACAUGCUACAACACAAGUACGAACCUAUAAUUGGUUGUGUGUUGGAUUGUGUACGCGUCUUUAUUUCCCAGCGUAUAACAGUGUGUGAAAUUACACACACGAGAACCAAUAAGCCUGUUGAUUCAAACAGAACGAGGCUGCCUGCUCCACAGUGUCCAGCUGAGGGAAGUCAGAGGGGCUGUGCACUGACUGCUGAGUCAGGACUGCACUGUGUGAAAAUAUGCCGACAUGAAGGCAUGUGGAAACAGAGACCUUUAUGCAACCUGCACUACUCACAAGGCUACUGGGCUUCUUCAGCCCCGUGUAACAGAGAAAUGUUAAAAAUCUAUUAUUUAUAAAUUAUGUAAUAUAAGCAAAGAGAAGUGGAGCUGUCUUUUUGGAAUAAUUUAUUAAUAAAGAUGUUAUUUGUAA